AUGAGUAUUACCACCAAAACCAACCACACUUGUAUGGUUGGUGAUGGUCCAGUAACAACAUCACCCGGCAAUCACCACAUUGCCAUUGCUGCCACCCCCACCACCACUAGGGUAGGCCAAGGACCAGGAGGCACCACUAGUUCACAAGCCUGUGCUGCAUGCAAAUACCAACGUAGAAAAUGUGCGCCCAAUUGUCCUCUAGCCCCAUACUUCCCUCCGGACCACCAAAAACAGUUCCUCAACGCUCACAAGCUCUUUGGUGUAAGCAAUAUCAUGAAGGUGCUACGAAACUUGGCACCUUUUGAGAAAGAAAUUGCCAUGAAGACCAUGAUUUUGCAAGCGAAUAUUCGAGCCAACGAUCCAGUUGGAGGAUGUUACCGUAUGAUUUCUCAACUGCAGCGUCAGAUUGCCCACCAUAAACGCGAACUUGACAUUGUUCUCCAUCAACUUGCAAUUUGCCGCUCCCAACCACAAAUGGCACAACAAGAGAUGCUGAACCCUAGUGUUGCAGCAACAAUUCAUAGGACUGAUACCGUUAAUGUUGAUUUAUUAAGUGCUUAUGAUCCCAUGCAUGAUAUUCAAGCCAUUCGUGUUGGAACUGUUGGAGAUAGUUAUGAGUCCCUAAGUUUUAUGAAUGAGCCAGAGGAUAUAAAGCCGCUUGUUGGUGUAUUGGGGGAAAAGCAACAAGUUCUUACCGG